UGGUCCCUGUGGAAUACGAUCCUGGACUCAUGCUUGAUACAGCUUGACACUUCUGCACUUGGAAGCACAACUCGGAACGAGUCAAGUUUUUGGUGCCGUUGCUGGGGAUCAAUUGGUGUCAUCAAAGUGUUUCUCAGAUUUCAGAGAGGGUACUUAGAGAGCUGUGAAAGUCUUCACAGCUUGGGUGAUAUCUACUUCCUUUCCUUUGACCUGUUUGCUUUUAUUGUGUUUAUACUGAAUUUGUAUGAUUGGUUGGGCUAGAGAUAACACAUUUAGACUAGUUAGGACAAACUCAUCCACCUCGUCAUUGAGUGAAUCUGUUUCACUUGAAUCACUUGAAUCACUAUCUUUCACGCAUUGCAUCAUGGCUGAGAAUGAACUUCAUGAUAUGGAGAACCCUAAUAGAACGCUCAGAGAAUAUUUGCAACCUGUUAGGACCAGCACCCCAUCCUGCAUUGUUCUACCUUUGAAUGCAAAUGCUUUUAAUUUUAAACCUGAGAUGAUUCCAUUGUUACCUCAUUUUCAUGACAUUGAAUUUGAAAACCCAUAUUUGCAUAUUAAAGAGUUUGAGGAAGUGUGUUCCACUUUCAUUGAUAAAACAUGUACUGAGGAGGUAAUAAGACUGAAAUUAUUUCCAUUUUCUUUAAAAAACAAGGCAAAAACCUGGUUGAAUUUCUUAAGACCAAGAUCCAUUGGGACUUGGCAAGAAAUGCAAACUAAGUUUUUAAAGAAAUUUUUUCCCAAGUAAAGAACUAAUACUUUGAAAAGACAAAUCGUGAAUUUUUACCAAAAGGAUGUGGAAACAUUUAAUCAAUGUUGGGAACGUUUUAAAGACCUCUUAAAUGCAUGUCCUCACCAUGGGUAUGAGAAUUGGAGGGUCAUCAGUUUUUUCUAUGAGGGUAUGCAACUAAAGAUGAGGCAAUUUGUAGAAACAAUAUACAAUGGUGAGUUUUUCAAGAAAGGGUCUGAAGAAGCUUUUGACUAUUUUGAUUAUUUGGCUGAAAACGCCAAAUCUUGGGAUGUCUCUGAUGUGUAUGAUAGAUUUGAAAAGCAAAAAUGCAUCAGUGGGGGUGGUAAGUAUCAAUUGAAAGAAGUUGAUGAUUUGAAUGCUAUACUUGCAUUGAUGUCCAAAAGGUUAGAUUCCAUUGAGCUUGAGAAAGUAAAAGAAAUGCAUGUUUUCCCUUCAUCUUCUGAAAAAUGUAGCAUAUGUGAGGAUCCAAGGCAUGUGACUGAUGCAUGCCCAACAAUUCUUGCUUUUAAGGAAGUUCUGCUUGAUCAAUCUAACCUAGUGUAUAUGGUUUCUAAGAUUUCUUCUAGACCUUAUUCUGAUACUUACAAUGUAGGUUGGAGAAGUCAACUAAAUUUCAGCUGGAAAAAUGACCAAGUGGGGCCAUCUCCACAGGGACAAAGUCAAUACAUUCCUUAUGCAGCAGUUGGCCAGGGCUCGGGACCCUCUUACUUUGCAAAUCAACCUCCCCCAAUGCAGAGAAGGGAAAUGGAAGAUCCCAUACAGCAGCUAACUAUUAGCUUGCAACAGUUCAUGGCAAGCCAAAAUGUGAUCAACUCUCAAACUUCUCAAGCCAUCAAUGAGAUAAGCAACGAUUUGACUAGGCUGAACACAUUAUUGAAUGCUUUGGAGAUAGAUGAAUCCUAAUUUCAAGCUCAGCCAAAUACUCAAGUGCAGAUUACAAUCGUGGAACCGUCAUCCUCUAUUGAAGCAAAUGUCAAUGAUUGCCAUGCCGAAACAAAUCUCAGCAGUGGUAAGGUGAUUGGUGCACCAGAUGAAGAAGUUGAGCAAAAUGGUGAGAGUUUAACCUUCAAGGAACCAGGUGCAAAUUUUAAUGUUGAUGCUUCUGAAGAACCAAAGGUAACUUUUCCGAAAACUUUUUCUCAAAGACCGGUUCUUAAAGAAGUAUAUUUCCUAGAAACUAUACUAGAUAAGGAUCCUUUUUUGUUAAAACAAGAAAGACAAUUUGAAAAUGUGUUGUCUGAUAUUGUGGAGAGCAUUUAUUUAUUCAGAGAUCACUUCUGUGCAGAUAACAAAACUGACCCAUUGUGGUGGCUCAAAUUUGGAGACCCGCCAGUUCAAUUUAUAAAUCUGCACCCAUUAGACGAAAUUCCUCCCGAGCCUCCUCUCGACACACUGUGAUGUUUUUCUUUCCUUUGUUUUUAUUUUGUUUUAUUCUGUCUUAUUUUUUAGUUUAUUGAUAGAUACAUUUUCCUUUAGUUCAGUUUUCCUUUUCCCUUAUUUCUCCACCCAGGUACGUCCUGCUUUUCCCAUGCACAGUUUUUCUAUUUCCCCUAUACUUUCACUUUGAGGACAAUGUUCCAUUUUAGUUAGGGGGGUGAGCAUUAGAAUGUGACAUUGUGCACGUAUACGUACUGGGUUUUAUAUUAAAAAAAAAAUUAAAAAAAAUAAAAAAAAAAAAGAAAAAAAAAAAUCAUCAAAAAUCAAAAAGAAGGAAAGAAAGAAAGGAAGAGUAGUGAAUUACAUUGAAUUAUGUCAUGCUUAACACUGACUCGUACCCUUCACAUACCUGCAUAUAACCUAAAAAUUACACACUUGAGGCAUUUAUGCGUAGUUUCUCUUUUUAUGACUUCGUAACUCCAUGAAGAAUUGAUUGGUAGUACACUCGUGUUAAUCUGGUUAUAUAAUUUCUUGUAUUUACAUGGUAUCUCACGAGGCUGAAUGAACACAUUCACGUGAUUCACUGCACUUAGGGUUUCCUGUGAGCACUAAGAGAACACCCGUGGCGACUAUGACACCUUGUUAGAUAUCCUUGAGCUAUUUAUCGUCCUUCUGAGUGUUAACAUCAAAUCAGAGUUUAUAAAACUCAAUUCUCUUCUUUCUAGAUGAUUCUUUGUAUACUAGUCUCUAUUUUUGAUUUGCUAACCUAGAGGUAACAUCUAGUGGGGAGAUAGAAACCUAGGUCUUGUAGCCUACCAUAGUAGUUAAAAGCGCUCCUAGGCGCAAGGCGCAGUGAGGCGAUGAGUCUGCCGCCUCAUACCAGGUGGGGCGAGGCGACCUGCAAGAGGCGACCCCAGGCGAGACGAGGCGCAGUGAAGCGCGAGGCGCAGUGAGGCGCACCUUGUGUAUUUUUAAGCCAUUUAAAGGAGACAAAUAGCCCAAGCCAGACUCGUAUCCCUCAUUCGACUCAAACGAACAGAGCCCUAGCCCCUUUCGACCCUUCGAAGCCCUUCGUGAGUUCGUUUGCGAGCCUUUGAACCAGCCGGAAGCCUUCGCGACUUCGUCUUCAAGCUUCGACCAGGAUCGUGAGUUCAUCUUCGACAUUUUGAAGAAGCACGACCUGCACAACUUUGUUUCGAACCAGCCGGAACCCUCGCGAGUUCGUCUGCCUGCCUUAGAAGCAGUCGUGAGUUCGUCUGACUGCCUUCGAGCACGACGUGAGUUCGUCACGUCGCCUUCAACAUUUCGAACUAGCUGGAGAUCGUCUUUAAGCCUUCGAACCUUUGUAAGUCUUCUUCUUCUUCUUCUUCUUCUUCUGCUGUUGCUGCUGCUUGCGUCCCGCUGCCUGCUGCUUCUCUUCUCUUCUUCUUCUUCUUCUUCUUUUGCUGCUACUCUUGCUGCCUGCUGCUUCUCUUCUUCUUCUUCUUCUUCUUCUUCUUGCUGCAUGCUUGCUGCGUGCUGCUGAUUGCUGACUGCUGCUUGCUCUUUUUCUUCUUCUUCUUCUUCUUCUUCUUUAUAUGUAAGCUUACUGUUUUUUAAUUUAUAAUAUUUAGUUUAAUUAAUGUAAGCUUAUAAAUUAUAACUAAUAACAUAAUAUUUAUUUUUUUCACAGAAAUUUAGCUACUGUUUUUUAAUUUAUAAUAUUAAGUUUAAUUAAUGUAAGCUUACAAAUUAUAACUAAUACAUAAUAUUUAUUUUUUUUACAGAAAUUUAGCUACUGUUUUUUAAUUUAUAAUAUUAAAUUUAAUUAAUGUAAGCUUACAAAUUAUAACUAAUACAUAAUAUUUAUUUUUUUUACAGAAAUUUAGCUACUGUUUUUUAAUUUAUAAUAUUUAGUUUAAUUAAUGUAAGUUUAUAAAUUAUAACUAAUACAUAAUAUUUAUUCUUUUUAUUGAAAUUUAGGUACUCUUUUUUAAUUUGUUUGGAAAUGCAUUAUGUAAGUCUUAAAUUUUAAAUAUAUGAUGCAUUAUUUUUUCAGUUAGGAUACGGGAUACUAAGUCUAAAAUCUUAAAUGGAUUCUAGUUCUGGAUGUGAGGCCUCGUCAAAGAAAGAUCUCGCAUGGAAGUAUGCACAUUUGGAGGAUAAAAAAAAUAGAAAUAAUUUGACUUGCAAUUUUUGUGCUAAAGUCACAAGGGGAGGAAUAUUGCGAGCAAAACAACACAUUGUCAGAGGAUUUCGAAAUGUGAAAGAAUGCUCUAAGUGCCCUGCUCAUGUACGUGAGGAGAUUAAAGAGUAUAUGUUGAAGAAAGAUAUGGAAAAGGAGGAAAAUAAGUUAUUGCCCGUCUUUAAUGAUAUAGAUCAUUACGGUGAAGAUGAAGAAGAUGAAGUUCAAGAAAUUGACAUUCGUGGCAGGAGAGUGUUUACUAGUGAUGGAAGUAAAAGAUCAUACCAAUCCAACUUAAAGAAACCAAAACAGAAGGAGCUUAUAGACUUGUUUUUUACUCCCGAUCCAAAGAAAGCGAUUCAAGUUAGGAAAGAAGGGAAGAUGAAGCAAACAUCAAUAAAUGAAGUGUGCAAAAGAGAACUUAGAAAAAAGGCAAUGGGAGAUUUUGCUAGGUGGAUGUAUGAUGUUGGGAUACCAUUUAAUGCUGUACGUUUGAGCAGUUUUGCAGUGACACUUGAAUCGAUUGGACAAUAUGGUCCUGGAAUAAAGCCACUUAGCUAUCAUGAAGUGAGAGUUCCUUACCUAAAGGAGGAAGUCAGUCGAAUGAAAGAGUUGUUGAAGGUCCAUAAGGAGGAAUGGACAAAAUAUGGCUGCUCAAUUAUGUCUGAUGGUUGGAGAGAUUCAGUUGCUAAUAAGGACAUAAUCAACUUUUUAGUGAACUCUCCAAGGGGAUCAGUAUUCAUCAAGUCUAUUGAUGCUUCUAAUAUUGUCAAGAAUGCAGAUAGAAUGUAUAGAUUACUUGAUGAGAUGGUCGAAGAAAUUGGAGAAUCAAAUGUGAUUCAAGUGGUAACUGACAAUGCGUCAAACUAUGUUGCAACAGGUAAGAACUUAUUUUUAGAACUACUUUCUAUAGUGUAUAUAUUGUUUAUUUUAAUAUUUUAAUGGCUUCAUUCAUUGAUUUUUCAACAGGGAGAUUGUUGGAAGCAAAGAGGCCACAUUUAUAUUGGACACCGUGUGCUGCUCAUUGCAUUGAUUUAAUUUUGGAGGAUAUUGGGAAGAUGCCUUCAAUUCAUGCAACUUUGAAAAGGGCAAUUUUUUUGAAUGGCUAUAUCUAUAAUCGUGUUGGCGUUGUCAACUUGAUGAGAUAGUUCACUGGAGGAAAGGAGUUGCUAAGACCUGUAGUUACAAGAUUUGCAACUGCCUUCAUCACCCUUCGUUCAAUCCAUCUUCAAAAGAAUAACUUGAGGAAGAUGUUUACUUCUGAAGAUUGGAAUAUUACUAAAUGGGCAAAGGAGGCGGCUGGCAAAAAAGCAGCUACUAUUGUUUUGAUGCCUACUUUUUGGAGUAUCAUCGUCUAUGCUCUUAAGUUAACAGGUCCACUUGUUCGUGUACUCCGUUUGGUUGAUGGGGAAAAGAAGCCUGCAAUGGGAUAUAUUUAUGAAGCAAUGGAUAGGGCUAAGGAAGCCAUAGCUAAGGCUUUUGGUGAGAGAGAGGAUAAAUUCAAGGAGGCAUUUGAAAUUAUUGAUACGAGGUGGGGAUGCCAACUCCAUCAACCGUUGCAUGCAGUUGCACACUACUUGAAUCCAGAAUUUUUCUAUUCAAACCCCAACAUUUUGCAAGAUGAAGAAAUUAUGACGGGUUUGUACAAAUGUAUUGGAAGGUUACUACCAACUAUUGAAACGCAAGAUAAAGUUUCAAAUGAGUUGGAAAAAUACAAUGCCGCUAUUAGUUUGGCAGUGAGACAAAGGAAGACAAAAGCACCAGCGCAACGGUGGAUGGCAUAUGGAUCAACACCUCCAAACUUGCAAAAGUUUGCUGUAAAAAUUCUUAGCCUCACAUGUAGUGCUAUCGGCUGCGAAAGAAAUUGGAGCAUAUUCCAACAUCUUCAUAGCAAAAGGAGAAAUAGGCUAUCCCAGCAACGCUUGAAUGAUUUGGUAUUUUUGAAAUAUAAUCGAACUCUGAGGCAUCGAUACGAAAAACGUGACACCAUUGAUCCCAUCCUCCUGAAGGACAUUCAUGAUAGUAAUGAGUGGUUGAUUGGUAGGAUGGAUGGUGAUUCUAAUGAGGAUGAUGAACUUGUGUUUGAAGAUGAUAAUUUGACUUGGGAUUCUGUUGCUAGAGCCGCUGGACUAAAUAACCCCCCGCAUCACACUAGAUCAAGAAUAAGUACAAAUAUGCCAUCAUCGUCUAAAGGAAGAGGAAGGGCUUCAUCUAGUAGUGCAACCACUGCUAGGGGUCGGACCACAAUGUUGGAACUUGUAGAUGAGGAUGAAAUCCAAGUGGAUAGUGCAGAGGAGACGGAAGAGGAAAAAGAUGUUGGAGAAAACAGUUCUAAUGAUGAAGAGGAAGAUGAUGAUAUCUUCACCGACCUAGUUGAUGAUGAGUGAUGAGUGAUGAUUGAGGAGGAUUUUUAGAUUUUAUAUUUUGAAAUCUUUUAUUGUACUCUUUUCUUUUGAUGUUGAACUAUGUUGAAUUGUUGAUGCUUUUGGGCUUCGUCUUGGCAAUUUUAUUAAAUUUUCAAUUUUUUUA